AUGUCCUCCAUUCCUCAACAGGUUGAGGAGGGAGAGCACCUCAAGACUUCUUCAUACAAGUACUUUUGGGCACGUGAGGUUCAGCGAAGCACUUUGGCGUAUGACUUCAAAGCAGUCAAGGAGCUCAUCAACAAAGCCAGAGAGGACUACCCUGAAGAUUUGAAGGAUAUCAAGGGUACAAUCGGAGAUAGUGAUAGCAUCGCUAAGACACUGCAGAAAACUGAGAAGAUCACAGGUCUUGGCUUCGUACCCAAGACCCGGGGCAAGCUCGAAAUUGGCAUUGUUGGCGCUGGUGUCGCCGGUCUGUUUACUGCCAUGGUUUUUGACUGGCUAAAUGAGCAUCCUGACCUGAAAGGGGAGUUGGAAAUCAAGUAUGAUAUUCUGGAGGCUGGGAAAGAGGAAAGGUUGGGUGGUCGGCUUUACACCCACCAGCUUUCGGAGGGUGACCCCGCCAAAACGCAUGACUACUAUGAUGUAGGGGCUAUGCGUUUCCCUAACAACGACAUCAUGAAGAGAACCUUUCAGCUUUUCCACUUUAUUGGCCUUGAAAAGGGCCCAGGUGGAUUAAUCCCUUACUAUCUCGAAGACGAACAAGACGUCUGCCCCUCCUACUUCAAUGACGUUCGUCAUAUUGGCGACCCAUGGAAGAAGCCAGGCGUCGACGAUCCAUUCCAGAUCAACAGUGGUCUGCCUGACAACGGCAAGAUUGACCCCAUAUUCCUCAAGACAGAUCCGUCCAAGCUUGUCCAGGAUGCACUUGGUGAUUUCAUUGCACUUACCAAGAAGAAGGCGAAGGCCGCUAUUAAUGAGGAUCCAGACAGUACUCGCCAGUUCCUCAUGUCGGAUGCCAACCCACAAAACAAGGACAAGCGCAGGUUCAACUACAACACCAUUGAGUGGUUGGAGACUGCCACCUACGGCACAGGGUGGUACGAUCAAGCACUCAGCGAGUGUGUCCUCGAGGAGCUGGACUUUGGAACCCCUGAACAGACCGAGGCUGAGAAGAAGUCGGGUAAGAAAGUUCAGUACUGGUGGUGCAUUGAUGGAGGUGCCCAAAGAGUGGCCAGACUCAUGCAAGAUAAGAUCAAGCAGCCUGUCCAGUUCAACCGUCGGGUCGAGGCUAUCAACGCUCACCCCAAGAACCCAGCCCGCAAGCAACCAGACCAAUAUGUCCCUAUUACGCUUUCUGUUGAUCAUGUCAAUCCAGAAUCCAACAAGACAGAGAAGAACGAGAAGAAGAAUUAUUUCGCCGUCUUCAACAGCACCACUCUGGGAGCCCUCCAACGCAUGAACCUCAAAGAUGCUGGACUUUCAUGGGGCACAAAACAAGCUAUUCGGUCCCUUGGCUACGGUGCCUCAUGCAAGGUCGCUAUCAAAUUCAAGACCGCAUGGUGGCAACAAGAGCCUUUCUAUAUCACUAAAGGUGGUGUCGCUCAUACCGACCUACCUCUCCGAGUAUGCGUCUACCCUUCGUAUAAUAUUGAGAGUCUCGAGGGAAGCAAGUGGGACAGCGAAAAGCCAGCUGUACUCUUGGUGUCAUACACAUGGGGGCAGGAUGCCCAACGUAUCGGAACGCUCAUUUCUAACGAGUCGCCCGAUAACGAGGAACAACUCAUCAAGGUUUUGCUACAUGAUCUUGCCCUGAUGCACGCCAACGAUACAAUCGGAUAUAACGAACUUUUGAAAAAACUCCAGGAUGGCUACGACACGCAUCAUGCUUAUGACUGGUACAAAGACCAGAAUAUGUCUGGGGCCUUUGCCUACUUUGGCCCUGGUCAAUAUUCAAACAUGUGGCAGGAGAUUAUUAAACCCAAUGCCUUUGGCCAGCUGUACAUGGUUGGGGAAGCAGCCUCGUCUCACCACGCUUGGAUUGUGGGUGCUCUUGAAAGCGUGAUCCGCGCAGUCUACAUCAUGCUGGAGGGACUAAAUAGUCACGACCCUAAGUACGCCGCGUACGCCAAGGCCAUGAAUCUACUGAGUCACAAACCAAGGAAGGGCGAUGCUACAUAUGACCCCAACGACGACUCAAAGCCAAACCCAGGGGAUUUCCCCAAAGGCAAACCGUUCUAUCCUCUGCCUGAGGAGAUGCCCGACGUGCAGGCUGGCACCACGGGUGACGAAGAGAUCACGCACGACCCCAAAAAUGGUCGAGCUUCUGGCAAGACAUUGGCUUACACAACCGCUCUUGUCUCUGUAUGCAUCAUCGAGAGCUACUUUGAGUUGAUGUAUGGUUCCAAGGGUGAUAACUGA